CCGGGACUGCGAGCGGGCGGGCCACUCAGGACAGGAAGGUGAGACCCGGGGCUGCUCAGCUUGCUGUCAGGCUGGCCCGCGCUCAGCCGGGUGCCGAGCUGGGGCUCUGCGGGCUAGGUCUGGCGCAGCGUGCUCAGCCCGGGCGCCGCAGCGCUGCUGCCGGGGGCGGGCCCGGCUGCUCCGAGCCCCGGCGGCCGAGCAUCUCCAGGAGGCUGCCCCCGACUGGGGCUCCAGAGGGCCAUGGGGCCCGCCGCCGCGUGACCAGCCGUAGUCACGCUGAGCUUAAUCACUACUAGCUCGUGCUCCCCGGCGGCGGCGGCGGCGCUCUCCACCGAGCUGUGCGACCCAGAGGGUUUCUCUUAAGGUGGCUUGUUCUGAAAUGCCAAAGGCACCUGACUAUUCAGAACUGAGUGACUCUUGCACGCUCGCUGGGGGAACAGGAAGAUUUUCGGGACCACUGCACAGAGCAUGGAGAAUGAUGAACUUCCGUCAGCGGAUGGGAUGGAUUGGAGUGGGAUUGUAUUUGCUAGCAAGUGCAGCAGCAUUUUACUAUGUUUUUGAAAUCAAUGAGACUUACAACAGGCUGGCUUUGGAACACAUUCAGCAGCACCCUGAGGAGCCUCGGGAAGGAACCACAUGGACACACUCCUUGAAAGCUCGGUUACUUUCCCUGCCCUUUUGGUUGUGGACAGUUAUUUUUCUGAUACCAUACCUACAGAUGUUUUUGUUUCUUUAUUCUUGUACAAGAGCUGAUCCCAAAACAGUGGGCUAUUGUAUCAUCCCCAUAUGCUUGGCAGUUAUCUGCAAUCGGCACCAGGCAUUUGUCAAGGCUUCUAAUCAGAUCAGCAGGCUACAACUGAUUGACACAUAAAGCCAGUCACCGGUUUUUUCCUUAUGAUGACAAGACUGUGGGCACUACAUGGAGGCUGAUCACAAGACUGCAGUUUCCUCACAAAUCUCAGGAAGUUGUGGUGGAACAGAGACAGAAAAUUCGACAAGAGGACUAUUUUAUCUGAAUAAUAAUGACUUUUUAGGUGAAGCCUGAGAAACAGUACUACAGAAUCAUGUUGAUCACCUCAGAUAUUGGAAGUAAAAUAAUGGCUUAUUAUUUGCAGUCUUUAGAAACUUGAAAAAGUACCCGAAUUUUUAUUUCUAGUCUAUGUGUAACAUAGUAUGAUUCAGAAAAAUUUCCAUUGGGGAAAACAAUGAAUAUUUCCAUGUGCUAAGUGUAAAAAGGUCUGGCCAUGAUCAUAAAAUUUAAAUUUUAUACAA